AAGGGCAAGAGCGCCCAAUAUACAGUAUAUAUACACCUUGCCACUUGGACACGAGGCAUGGAGUUCCAGUAUGAAGCUCAUGAUCUUGGCAUUCGUGACUGCUGUCUCGGCUGGUCCACAGGGAUAUCUCCCGCCGCCGCCUUUCCGACCAUCCAUUCCCUACAACCCCUCCUCCCAUUUCCGCUCAUCCUCUUACUUCCGCCCAUCCUCUUAUUUCAGCCCACCUUCUCAUAUUCACCAGUCCUCUUAUUUUAGCCCACCAUUCCGCAUCGGCCCUUGUAGUUAUGGGCAAGUGCGACACGUGGAUGGGAGCUGUGUCACGCCCCAAGUGACCCAGCGUGCGUUUUUCUACGAUGCUCCAAGGACUUAUCCCAUUGUCAGGGGUCCUCGUUACCUUCCGCAACCUAAAGUAGAACGCAAUGUGGUUUUCGUGAGGCUGCCUGAAGAUGACCAGGGACCUGAUCCGAUCAUCGUACCUCCUCCACAGCAGCAACAGGUCGUGUACGUCCUCAACAAGCAAACGGAAGAGGACCAGCGAGUGAUCGAAGUGCCAGCACCGCCACCGACGGAGCCCGAAGUGGUGUUCGUGAACUAUGAAGAAGGCGAGAAUCCGAUUCUUCCCACCGGGGAAGACCUCCACUCGGCACUGACUACGGCUUAUCAUGGCGUGGGACAUGUUGUGGAACAUGGUGGGAUUGGAGGAGUUGGUGGAAUCAAUGGAAUCGGACACGGUGUUGGAGGGAAUUUUGGAGGCUUCGUCGGAGGCGGCAUUGGAGGCGGUUAUACCACGCCCUCCAGUCUCUACAACGUACCAUAGAGGAGCGUGACUCUCUUAUCAUAACAUGGAGAGAUAUGGAAAUCAGAUCUUACAUAAUCAGGUAAACACAUAAACAUACAAGUACAAACUAGCACACACCCAUAGGCACAUACAUAUGCACAAACACGCCUGCAUACGCAGAGAGGCGCACAUAUGUAUAUAUGUGUAUAUAUAUAUUUAUAUUUAUAUCUAUAUAUUCAUAUAUAUUUAUAUAUAUAAACAUAUGUACACACACACACACACACACACACAUAUAUACAUAUAUAUAUAUUUUUUAUCGAUACCUCUCUUUAUAUAAAUAAAUAUAUAUGUAUAUAUAUGUGUGAUAUAUGAGUAGCCAUUUACUGAAAAUAGAUUGGGUCGUGGUAAUAAAUUCU